AUGGCCUGUCCCGAUAUCUAUGAUUGGGAUCUCGAAGAUGUCGUCAAUCACAUCUUCGCUAUCAACGAGGCAGAGAUCGCGUUCGGCUUCAUCAAGGCGCGUAACGUAUGA